GCUACUCACCCUCACACACACACCUCUUUCCUUGAGUGCCGGUCUUUAGCAGGAAACUCCUCGGUGACGUUCUCUCUCUGCAAAGCCAAGCCAUGAGCAGCAAAAACUGCUGCGUCUUCCGUGAUGACUUUAUUCCUCGGGUGUUGCCCCCAGUGCUGGGGCUGGAGUUUGUGUUUGGAACCAUUGGCAAUGGUCUGGCCCUGUGGGCUUUCUGCUUUUCCCUGAAGUCCUGGAAAUCUAGCCGGAUCUUCCUUUUCAACCUAGCUGUGGCUGACUUACUUCUGAUCUUCUGUCUUCCCUUUCUGACGGAUAACUAUGUCAGAAAAUGGGACUGGAAGUUUGGUGACAUCCCUUGCCGGCUGAUGCUUUUCAUGUUGGCCAUGAACCGGCAGGGCAGCAUUAUCUUCCUCACGGUUGUGGCUGUGGACCGAUACUUUCGGGUGGUUCACCCCCAUCAUGCUCUGAACAAGCUAUCCAAUAGGACAGCAGCCAUCAUCAGCUUCCUUCUGUGGGGUGUCACCAUCGGCCUCACUGGCCACCUCCUCAUCAACUCCCAUGUGAAAAAGAUGGGAGACUCACAGUUCUGCAGCAGCUUUGCCAUCUGCCCAACCUUUGGCUGGCAUGAUGCCAUGUUUCUCCUGGAGUUCUUCCUGCCCCUUGGCAUCAUCAUAUUCUGCUCCACCAGCAUCAUCUGGAGUCUUCGGAGGAGGCAGUUGGACAAGCAGGCAAAGAUCAAGCGGGCCAUCCGAUUUGUCAUGGUGGUCGCCAUCGUUUUUGUGAUCUGCUUUUUGCCCAGUGUGGCUGUGAGAAUACGAAUCUUCUGGCUCCUCCACUCACAGGGCACCAGCAACUGUGAGAUCUACCGUUCAGCAGACCUGGCCUUUUAUAUCACCCUCAGCUUCACCUACAUGAAUAGCAUGCUGGACCCCUUGGUAUACUACUUCUCCAGCCCAUCUUUCCCCAACUUCUUCUCCAAGCUGAUCACUUGCCAUCUUUGGCAAAAGUCAACAGGAGACUCUGAUAACAACCGGAGCACCAGCGGGGAUCUCACAGGGGACUUGUGCCUCGCCAGUUCCAGUUGUGGAAAUACCAACGCCGGAAAGAGUUUGCCAGAUGCAUUAAUGAUGAACUCCAGUGUGGCGUGGAACCCUACAAAUACAGCCCCAGCAUCUCCUUAAACAAUCCAGGUGAUGGCAGAGAAGGGAGAAUGAGGCUACUAGAACUAAGACUUCUAGAAAUGGGUCUUGUUGGUCUAUGGAUCGAUACCACUGCACUGGUCCAUAGAUACCUGUUGUCUUCAGAGCUGAUGGCUCUGAUGAACAAGAGAAACAGCACAGUGACUUUCAAUUCUGAUCUGCAAAGCUCAUCUUCUGGAAGGCUUGGCCUAAUUUAUGCAUCUCAAAGCAUCGUCUAGAUCCCAAAUGUAACAACAGUGGAAUUGAGUCCAGAAGAGACCAUAGAUUUGGGCCAGGCACUCUGCCAGCCCUGGAGCUUCUGGUCAGAAUCUGCGUCUUGUUCCACUUUUCCCUCCACGAGUGGAAGUAGAGGAGGUGGGGGAGGGUGGGUCCUCCACUCCAGGAGCAACGUCCAGCAGGACUGUGUGCAGAACCGGGGUGCCUGGUCCUUUCAGAGGCUGGCCAGUCCAUCCGGGAUCGAAGAGACUCCCCAUGUCCGCGUUCUCCAGUGGUGAAAGGAAGAGAAUAAACACAAGGAAAUGCAGAUCCCAUUAGAAGGUGGGAAACUGAACAGUGAUACUAAGUGAUAUUAAAUGACAUGUUCAGUACAGCUAAUGGGCUACUAAUCGAUCCCUAGCAUGUUUACACUUGAGGGUUGAGAAGCUGGAAAAAAACAAACAAACCACCCUCUCCGGUCUCAGAAGAAAGCUGCCUCUUCAUUGUUUGCUUUUGUCUUUUAAAGGGAAAAUGCUACUACCUACGGGUCAGAGGACAGUGGUUUGUGUGGUUUGUGCGCGUUUUUAACCACCUCUGUUGUCCAGUAGUUACCAUGAUUUCAUUUCUUUAAUAAAAUUUAAU